AUGUUAUUUAAAUGUGUCAAGCAUCGCAAUACUAAUUUUCAAUAUUUUGACACAAGUUUUAAGAGUUCUAAAAGAUGCUAUUUCUUAGAUAUAGUUAGGAUAUUCUUACACAAUGAAAGAUACUCGAGGGGUAUCGUCGACUAUAGAAGGAUUAAGAUAAUUGCAGGUAAUGGCGGAGAUGGAAUUGUAUCUUAUAGAGCUCAUGGAUCUCAUAAAAGGAUCGGGCCCGGGUUGCCUAACGGAGGUGCAGGAGGGAGAGGAUCUUCAAUAUUUGCAAUUGGCAAUAGGCAAGCAAAACUUUUCAAAUUGCCAGGAACUGUAGUUGGAUAUAAUGGAAUUAAGGGAAAGGGUUCGAAUUGUUCAGGAGACAAUGGAGAAGAUAUCAUCUUGCAAGUACCAAUUGGUACUUUGAUUUAUAAAAUUGUAGAAAAUGGGGAUUCCGUUGAUAGGGUUUUUUCAGGGUAUAUUAGAGAAGAAAAAGUAUUGUUGUGUAAAGGAGGGAAAGGGGGGAGGGGCAAUGAUGUUUUAAACCCACAUGAUUGUGAACGUGGAGAGACUGGCGAGAAAUGUGUGUUUGAUUUCGAACUUGAAUGUAUAGCAGAAGUUGGAUUAUUUGGUUAUCCAAAUGUUGGUAAAUCAACACUUUUAUCUUGUAUAUCUCGUGCAAAUCCCAGAGUAGCUAAUUUCCCAUAUACAACAACGCAACCAUGUAUUGGAACACUGAAAUUUUCCGAUGGAAAGAGCAUAAAAGUUGCAGAUCUACCUGGUGCGACAGAUGGGUCAACUUCUACACUAGAACAUCUGGAACGAACAGAAAUUAUUGCAUAUGUAAUUGAUAAUGUUAAAGAUUUGCAAAGAUUAAAAAUUUUGGUUAAAGAUUAUAAUAGCGAAAUGCUGGCCAAAUCAUUUUUUGUAAUUUUUACAAAAAUGGAUUUGCAAGGUGAUUAUAGUGUCAUUGAUAAGUUUAUUUCAGAUCAAUCCAUUUCGUCAAAAAUAGUAUUGACAAGUGCAUAUUUAAAUUUGGGGAUCUCAGAUUUGGUCAAUCUUAUUAGGGAAAUGGUAGAGUCGUUGAACAUAAACUGA